CGCACGACGGGCGGCACAACACGCUUUCGUUUCGAAAAGUCGGCGAAAAAUAAGGAUAACGCUAUAAUCACGCGGUUUAACUACAAGUGGGUGCGGAUAGUGGAGUGUAACAGCUGAAUCGACGAUAGCAUCAAUUCCCGACCGGAAAACACUGAAAAAAAAAAUCGUAUUAACAUUACGAUUCUGUGCGCGGACACAAUCUGCUUGUGAGAACAAAGAGACAAAGCGUGUUUAAAUAAAAAUAAUCAUAAUAAUAAUAAUGUUGCAUAAAUGAUUUUCAAUCAUUGUGUUGAUUGUGUGUUUGCAAAUGUGAAACUAGUAAACUAUAUCGUCUACAUUGUGUGACAUAUUAGUAAUAUAGUGUAUCGUGCAGGGGAAAAUCAAUGAAAAAACGAGAGAAUGAGCCAAAUGACGAAGCAAUAAACUCAUAUCAGUUCGUUAAAUAUGCAUAAGCGUCGCGGUGCACACACGCUCAUCGCCGCCGCCGAUGUUGAAGCCGUUGCCGCCGCCGCCGCACUAUGAUAACGCUGACAGUGGUAAUAAUGGAACGUUGACCUUUUUUUGUCAUCGAUAGUGUUUGUCCUGUCUGUGCCGGCUGCAAAACAUUCAAUAUUACAAAGGAAACACUAAACUACAACAAAGACAACUCAAUAAUAUUGAUGCAACAAUGAUCGUGUUUGGAUAAUUAAAAGUUUAUAGAUUUUUGUGCGAUUAUAUUUAAAGGGUAGUAGUAGUAGUGGGAUAAUUUAAAGUUGACGAAAACAAAGGAAAAGAAAGGAAUAUGAGUGAAUACAGUGACGAUCAGGAUCAAGGAUGUACGGCAAGUUGGCCCGAUUCCGAACACCAGAUCAGGAUGACACAAAGAAGUGGCGGCGAAGGUAGCGGCGGAUGAGGGCUUGGGAGACCUACCGGCACGGCUAGCAGCGACGCGCACGCGCACCACCCGCAGCAGCAUCAGCAGAUGGUGGGCGAUCGCGACGGCGAUGGACUGGCCGUGCGGUGGGACGACUCAGCGGCGGGCGGCGGGGGCGGCGAGGGGGGAAUGUACCCGACCUCCUCGCCGCCACCGCCGCCCGCGCUUCCGCUGCCGAUGCAGCGUCCGUACUCGCGUUCGAUGUCCUCGCUGCCACCGGAGCCGUUCAUGAUCAUGCGCUCCAAGGCCGUCAAUCGGCGCGUGUGCAUUAACGUCGGCGGCGUGCGCCACGAGGUCCUCUGGCGCACGCUCGACCGUCUUCCGCAUACCCGUCUCGGGCGCCUGCGCGACUGCAACACGCACGAGACGCUCAGCGAGUUGUGCGACGACUACUCGCUCAUCGACAACGAGUACUUCUUCGACCGCCACCCGAAAUCGUUCAGCUCCAUCCUGAACUUCUACCGCACCGGAAAACUCCAUUUAGUCGACGAGAUGUGCGUGCUGGCGUUCUCCGAUGACCUUGAGUAUUGGGGUGUUGAUGAGCUGUACCUCGAAUCAUGCUGCCAGCACAAGUAUCACCAGCGUAAGGAACACGUACACGAGGAAAUGCGAAAGGAAGCCGAAUCUCUCCGACAACGCGACGAAGAGGAAUUCGGCGAGGAUAAAUGCUCGCAGUACCAAAAAUGGCUGUGGGACACACUGGAAAAACCCACAACGUCCAUCACGGCGCGGGUGAUCGCCAUCAUAUCCAUCUUGUUCAUAAUCCUGUCGACGAUCGCGCUCACGCUCAACACGAUCCCGAGCAUGCAGAUGUUGGACGAGGCGGGCGCGCCCAUGGACAACCCGCAGCUGGCGAUGGUGGAGGUGGUGUGCAUCACGUGGUUCUCGCUCGAGUACAUCCUGCGCUUCGGCGCCUCGCCCAACAAGUGGAAGUUCUUCAAGGGCGGGCUGAACGUCAUCGACCUGCUCGCCAUCCUGCCGUACUUUGUCUCGCUAUUUCUGCUCGAGACGAACAAGAACGCCACCGAUCAGUUCCAGGACGUGCGCCGCGUGGUGCAGGUGUUCCGCAUCAUGCGUAUCCUGCGUAUCCUCAAGCUGGCGCGCCACUCCACCGGCCUGCAGUCGCUCGGCUUCACGCUGCGCAACUCGUACAAGGAGCUCGGCCUGCUGAUGCUCUUCCUCGCGAUGGGCGUGCUCAUCUUCUCCUCGCUGGCCUAUUUUGCCGAAAAGGAAGAAAAAGAUACGAAGUUUAUCAGUAUACCGGAGACCUUCUGGUGGGCGGGCAUCACGAUGACCACCGUCGGCUACGGUGACAUUUAUCCGACGACGCCGCUCGGGAAGGUCAUAGGAAGUGUAUGUUGUAUUUGCGGUGUCUUGGUGAUUGCGUUGCCCAUUCCUAUCAUCGUUAACAAUUUUGCCGAAUUCUAUAAGAACCAGAUGCGCCGCGAGAAGGCCCUCAAGCGGCGCGAGGCGCUCGAGCGCGCCAAGCGCGAGGGCAGCAUCGUCUCCUUCCACCAUAUCAAUCUGCGCGACGCGUUCGCCAAGAGCAUGGACCUCAUCGACGUCAUCGUCGACACAGGCCACAACAUACCGGGGAUGGACGGGAUUAGCGGUAGCGAGGGCGGCGACUAUCAGCCGACGGCGACCGCCCAGCAGCCACUCCUCCAGCAGCAGCACGCGGCGACGGCGGCGCCGCCCCCACUCGCGCAAUCAGGUCACGCCCAUCAGCCGUUCAGCGAUGUAGCGUUGCGCCAUAGACGUAGCAACUCUUCCCAAGCACCCUGUCUUCCAAUCAAUGAUGGACCUCCAGUUCCAGUGUCGCCCGUCGGCUCGCAGAAGGCGCUCAAUCAGCACCAGCAGCAGCAGCAGGUGCAGCAACAGCACGACGACCACGAGCAGCAGGUGCACCAGCUGCAACAGUUCCAACAGCAGCAGCAGCAACAGCAGGCGUACCAACAACAACAACGACAACAGCAACAGUUGUAUCAACAGCAAUUGCAACAACAGCAACAGCACCAACUUCAACAACAGCAACAACAACAACGCCUGGUGGAUCUUGCUCCGCCUGAAGAGCAUCAGUUGCAGUUGUGUGCAAUGGCGCCGCUCGCACAGGACGAAACAGUCCUCCUGCCCCCCACUCCCAAAGGAUACAUAUCUCCAGGGGCGGACAGCAAAAAUACCGACUCGAACAAGAAUAAUAAGGUCGACAAAAUUGACGAGUUGCCUAGCGAAUUCGAAUGUUGCUUUUGCACCUCGAAGGAGUAUAAGGACUUCGUCGACGCUGAAGGAUUGAUGCCGACCGGCACCAGCGACUUCCGGCAGCCGGUGUGUUUCGAGAUGCGACAGCUGCGCAGUGCUGAUCUGAUGAACGCAGCUGGAUUCUUUGAUGAAGUGGACGUGCGCAAACCGCUCCUGCCGUACAGUAUACACGCUCUUAAUAACAAUAACAAUAACGGGGCUAACAAUAACCACGCGAGUAAUAACAACAACAACAAUAAUGCUGAAAUGGGCAGUAUGGAUAGUUCGGAUACAUUCGCCAGUUGCCCAACGCAUCCGUUCCUCUCGCAGGGCGAUUUGACAUCUGACAUCGCCGAUGGGAGUUGUGCUAUUGAUAGUAAUCUCUAUGUAAACCCACUGGACAAGAGCGGUGAGAAUAGUCCGGAUGCCCCGAAGGCGGUGCGGCCUGCUGGCGGCGUUAAGAAGUCCGCUUCCGGUGAUACGGCGUUGCGGAACUUGGCUGCGUCGCCAUUAGACGACCAUUAUCGAGAUUUCGCCGCGCUCGAUAGAGGGAGCCGUGUGAGUCUCAACGAAUCGCCAUUACCACAACGACAGCGCAGGACGCGCUUCCAGCAGAGUCAUGGACGGCUGAAGGCGCGUUUCGGUGAUUCGUUGGAGAAUCGCGACUCGCAGGAGAGUCUCUCGCAGGAGCCGACGAAAAAGAAGCGCACGUCCUUUAUGCCAACGCGCGGCCUGGCGUCGGCGACGCGCAUUAUCAAUCAGCACUUGUUUGGCAUCCAGAGCAGCAUUGGCUCGCGUUCAGGUAAAAAUAGCAGCAGUAAAUCGUCGCUGUCAGUCGACUCGAUCGAUUCGCGCGCCUCGCCGCAGCUGGAGAGCAAUCGACGCUCCAAGUCCAUCCUGAAGAAGUCCGACAGUAGCGGGUAUCGCAGUGCGACAGAUCCGGAAAGUGAGCGGCUUAUCUCCGAUGGUGCUUCGGCUGGUGGCGCUGAUGGACAAGGCAGUGGUGGAGAAUCCUCGCCACAUAAAAGAAUGUCUUCACCGCCUGCGGUGCGUGGCAUGGCGACGGUGGCGCCACAUCGUAGAGUAACGCGCCUGCCACCUCCGCCACCCGCCUAUCAACAACAAGCUGAGAGUGGAAUGCGAGCGAUGACUAUGACAAUGAAGUCGCCGCUUUUCUUACUUGAUGAUAUUAUGCAAACGCAGGCACCAACGCAGGCGCAGACAACGCGUCGCUCUCAAGGAGCAGGAUCACGGCAUGGUCAAGCGGUGAAAUACAGCACGGGCGAUACACCGCUGUAUAUUUGUCCACCACCACCGCCUAUGGAAGAUUCCUCGCCCACUGAAGAGACUAAAUUACUCACCGGGGGCGGUGGUAUGUCCACGUCGACUACUGGAAGUGGUGGACGUGGGAUGAAGAACAACGUCGGCGGUUCACAGAAGCGACACAACGCAUCCGCUUCGUAGCAGUGGCGUUACGCGUUUGUACUUUGAUUUCGAUGAACAAUGUGUGCGUGUGCGACAACGACAGCCAAAUGCAAUACCAGAUGGGAUGAUUUUGUCUGUGAUUUUGUGGAACGCAUGACAUGGACUAUGAUUUUGUGAACGAUUAUCUAGCAUCUAAGUCAUUUUGCCAUUUUUGUGCUUUAUUCGCAUCGUUAAGGACAAUUUUUGUCGCUAAAUUGUAAAACUUGUACAUAUGAACCAACAAAAAGUCCCAUUACAAAUACUAUACACAUUCCUACUCAAAUAUAUUAAAAAUGGAGUAAUACGACAAGUGAAAGGCAUAAAGAAGGGAACGUAAUGAAGCGAUUAUUUUUGAAUCGAGAUUAUUAUAGUUUUAAUUCGAAAGCACUGAAAAAAUUGAAUGGUUACUAGUUACUACUACGAACAAAAAUCUUAAAUUAUAAAUUUUUAAACAAAACGUUAGCAAUACAUUGAGAAAUGAGACGAGAAAGUAAUCCAGUAGUGUUUGAAAUCUUAUAAAAGUUGUAAUGGAGGAAGUAAAUUCGGAAAAUGUGACUUAGGAAUGAAAAGUACGGCACUGAUUGUAAAUGAUUUUGUUUUUGUCUUGGUUUGGUUGAGAAAUAUGAAGUGAUUAAUGUAGGAACAUUGCACAAACGAGACGUAAUGACACAAUCAAAUCUUCAACGAAUUUUUUCAACUUUUUGCCACUCGCAAACAUAUGUCACGCGCGCGCCAGUAAUUUAUAAUCUUAAUUUCGUGAAAGCAGACGUCGUUGAUUUCCUUUUGUUCGAACACACGAAACAGAAUGAUACACACACACGAAAGUCAAUUCAAUUCGCAAACUUUAAAGCAGAAGAAGAAGAAAUUACAAAACGAUAAUAUAAAUAAAUGUAAAUGUAAUUGUAUAAUGUGUAAUUACAGAUUUUAACUACGUAUUAAGAACACAAACACAGAAUAUAUGAAGAUAUAUUUAGAAUAUAUUUAAAAAAGAUGAAUGACGUGAGGAAAAAUCGACAAAUCUGCUUUUACUCUGAUCGACACAGAAAAUCAAAUCGCAACAAUCAAUUUGCAAUUGUUUUGCCGAUUGCAAUUACAAUAAAACAUAAAGAAUAAAACUCGCACGAAUCAAGCAGCGCACUGGUGUUGAUGCAAAUCACAAUAAUGUAAUUAUAAUAAUCCGGCUGAGCAAACUGAUUACUUGAGUGUGUAUGUUGCCAUUGUUGUGUUUGCCUUCAUGUGGAAAACAAACUUAAUUCUGUGACUAUUAUUAUUACAUACUUUGAACAUUCCGUUUUGUUGGAAAGUGCGUACGCUUGAACGUUGUUAUAUUAAUUUUAUUCUGUACACACGAAUUCACACCGCAAUGAAUGUUAACUGCUAGCAGACGAUUUGUGCAGCACCCUAAAGACGCAAACGAGAAGGAGUCAAAGUUCGCAGAAUCCACUGCCGUUUUUUUCAUGGAACGCCGCAUAAAAGUUUUCAUGAAUCUCUCUAACUCUAACUCUAUAACUAAAGAAAAAAACUCUCUCUCGGCAUGAGUCAUGAUUCAUGUUCACGUUCACACAUUUUUGUAUGUUACUAGCGAUAAAAAAAAAACGAGUAGCGGUGAAUAUUCGACUUUCAAGAACUAAAUAGGAACAAGAUUCACGUUGAUUUGUUAGCCAUAUACAUAUCUAACCAUGGGGACGUUUUGCAGCGUAUGAUUCGGUCAAGGGGGGGAUUAACAUUCGGAAUUGAAUGCAAUUGAACACAAAACCAACGCGUAGAGAGGCUGAUCACAAACGGCAUUGUUGUAAGCGCAUCAAUUACAUGACAUAUACAUAAAUAAAUGAAUCGAUACUAUGUAAAUGUUGUUACAAUCGAAUAAAAACUAAUUUACUGUUGAA